AUGAAGUUCACUACUUUCGCUUUAUCCGCUGCAACCUUCUCUUCUGCUUUAGCAGCCGUUUACGACGUUCAACUCUUUGUUGAUUCAUCCGACGCAUCCAUUAAUGGCAAUGGUUUAUCUUCAAUCCACGAAGGUGCCGGUAUUAACUACUUUGUACUUGGAACUGGUGCUGAAAACUUCCAAUAUGAUGACCAAACUGGAGUACUUACCAGUACUGACACUACUGCAAACCAAAUAGUGUACUCCGUUGGUGUACUUGGUCAAUAUCUUUCUAAUGGUGUCACUGGCUCUUCAAAGGCAACCUUUGAAGGCGACAAGUUAUCCUUAGGUGGAAAUACUACAUUUUAUGCUGCUAAGAACACUGGUGAUCCAUACAACUACUCUGACAGAAGUUACAUUGUCCUUGUUAGUGAUGCUGAAGGUUCAAUCCCAUUUAACAUCAAGGCUGUCAAGACUGGUUCUCCAUCAUCUUCUACUCCAGCUCCAUCUUCUACUGGUUACACCAAUGAUACCACUACCACUUUAACUUACACUGCAGGCCACACCACUGUUGUUACUAUCACUUCUUGUGCUGAAACAGUAACUGACUGUCCAGCCAGACACACUCCACAAGUUGUCACCACUGUCAUUCCAGUUACUUUAACUACCACUUACUGUCCAGCAUCUACCACCCCAACUUAUGUGCCAUACACCUCUAAGACUGUUGCUGCUGAAUCCACAACUAAGGCUACCUCUGCUCCAGCAACCACUCAUCCUGCAGUCACUACUGCUGCCAACGGUGCUGCUAAGGUCGGUUCCAUUGCCGGUGCUGGUUUAGUUGCCUUUGCUGCUUACUUAUUAUAA